AUGCAGAACAGUAGGAUCAGUUUUUCCUACCUCUGCCCAGCCUCCUGGUACUUCACUGUGCCCACAGUGAACCCAUUUCCCCGCCAGAGGGUGGCAUUCCUAGGACUCUUCUUCAUAUCCUGCCUCCUUUUACUUAUGUUAAUCAUGGACUUUCGACAUUGGGGUGCUUCAUUGCCACGAGAUAGGCAAUAUGAAAGGUAUUUGGCUCGAGUAGGGGAGCUUGAAGCAACCAACACUGAAGACCCAACUCUAAAUUACGGACUUGUCGUGGAUUGUGGCAGCAGUGGCUCCCGGAUUUUUGUUUAUUUCUGGCCAAGACAUAAUGGCAACCCUCAUGAUUUACUGGACAUUAAGCAGAUGAGAGACCGCAACAGCCAACCAGUGGUUAAAAAAAUCAAGCCAGGAAUCUCUGCAAUGGCCGACACUCCAGAACAUGCCAGUGAUUACCUUCGUCCUCUGCUGAGCUUUGCUGCUGCUCACGUGCCUGUGAAGAAGCACAAGGAGACCCCUCUUUACAUCCUGUGCACAGCAGGCAUGAGGCUUCUCCCUGAGAGAAAGCAGCUGGCUAUCUUGGCUGAUCUGGUGAGAGAUUUACCUCUGGAGUUUGACUUCCUCUUUUCACAGUCUCAGGCAGAAGUGAUCUCUGGGAAGCAGGAAGGAGUUUAUGCAUGGAUUGGAAUCAACUUUGUUUUGGGAAGAUUCGACCAUGAGGAUGAAUCAGAUGCUGAGGGUCCCCAGGAAUUGGCAACAGGGCGCAGAAGGACAGUAGGGAUACUAGAUAUGGGAGGAGCCUCUCUCCAAAUUGCUUAUGAAGUUCCUACCUCAGCCUCUGUCCUUUCUCCGAAACAGGAAGAAGAAGCAAAGAUCCUGCUGGCUGAAUUCAACCUGGGCUGUGAUGUGCAACACACUGAACAUGUGUACAGGGUUUAUGUCACAACCUUCCUGGGUUUUGGAGGCAACUUUGCCCGGCAGCGCUAUGAAGAUCUUGUGCUGAAUGAAACCCUUACCAAAAAUAGGUUGCUGGGCCAGAAGACAGGUCUGAGUCCCGACAAUCCAUUUCUGGAUCCCUGCCUGCCCGUGGGACUCACAGAUGUGGUGGAGAGGAACAGCCAGGUGCUGCAUAUCCGAGGAAGAGGAGACUGGUCUUCUUGCGGGGCAAUGCUGAGCCCCCUGCUGGCUCGCCCCAACACCAGCCAGGCCUCGCUGAAUGGAAUCUACCAGUCACCAAUUGACUUCAAUAACAGCGAGUUCUACGGUUUCUCUGAGUUUUUUUACUGUACAGAGGAUGUGUUACGCAUCGGUGGCCGUUACCAUGGGCCAACGUUUGCCAAGGCUGCUCAGGAUUACUGUGGCAUGGCUUGGUCAGUCCUAACUCAGAGAUUCAAGAAUGGUCUCUUUUCAUCACAUGCAGAUGAGCAUCGACUCAAAUAUCAGUGUUUUAAAUCGGCUUGGAUGUACCAAGUUCUUCAUGAAGGAUUCCACUUUCCCUAUGACUACCCACACCUGCAGACAGCCCAGCUGGUAUAUGACCGAGAAGUUCAGUGGACACUGGGAGCCAUUCUGUAUAAAACACGAUUCUUACCCCUCAGGGAUCUACGGCAAGAAGGUGUCCGGCAGGCCCAUGGUAGCUGGUUCCGUCUCUCCUUUGUCUACAACCACUAUCUCUUCUUCGCCUGUAUCCUGGUGGUGCUACUGGCCAUCAUCCUGUACCUUCUGCGGCUACGCCGGAUUCACCACCGACAAACUAGAACCUCAGCUCCAUUGGACUUGCUGUGGAUUGAGGAGGUGGUGCCCAUGAUUGGGGUGCAGGUAGGGCCAUGA